AAUAUACGUUUUCUCAUUUCUUUUCAGCGGACAUUCUGGGUAAAGCCAUCGGAAACCUGCAUGAAUUAAUCAGGAAGCCUUACGGUUGCGGGGAACAGAAUAUGCUCUAUUUUGUGCCAAAUAUUGUCGUUUUGGACUAUCUCAGCGAAACCAAUACGGUGGCCGAAGACGUGAGGAACAAAGCGAGAGAUUUUCUCAGCAGUGGCUAUCAAAAUCAGCUACGUUAUAAACGAUCCGAUGGCGCGUUCAGUGUCUGGGGUCAAUCGCACCAGGGCAGUACGUUUUUGACGGCCUUUGUAGCGAAAUCGUUCAAAAUAGCGGCCAAAUACAUUGAUGUGGACAAAGCUAUAGUAGAUGCUGCAUUCGAUUGGUUAGCGAAACAGCAAACCCCAGACGGGCGGUUUCCAGAAGUGGGACAAGUUUUUCAUGCAGACAUGCAAGGUGGAAUUCGCUCCAACAGUUUUGCUCUCACCGCAUAUGUUCUAAUUGCAUUUGCAGAAAAUGAAGAAGUGUUCAGACGAUACAAAUCGGUUAUGACCAAAACUACCGAUUAUAUAGCAAAUAAUCUUGACAAAAUGAACGAUGCGUAUGAACUCUCAUUAGCUACCUAUGGAUUGAUGCUGGCAAAGCACGGCAGUCGUAGAGAAUUCCUUGAUAAACUGGUAGAUUUAUCAAUAUUCAAUAAAACUACGACUGAGAGAUAUUGGGAUAGAAAACCAGUGUCUGUUGAAGUAACCGCAUACGCUAUGCUCUCGUUUAUAUCCGACGAUAAAUUAUAUGAAUCUACGCCUAUGAUGCGUUGGCUUAACAGGCAGCGAUAUGGUCUAGGGGGCUAUCCUGGAACGCAAGAUACGUUUGUUGGAUUGAAAGCAUUGGCAACGUUCGCUGCUAGGUCAUCCGGUGCUAAAAACAACUAUCGCGUAACAGUAAAAUACAGCCCGAACGUUCAACGUAAAUUUGACAUAGACAAACACGUUCCCAUGGGUAUACAUGAGCUAGAUAUUCCCAACAAUAUCAGGAACAUGAUAGUGGAAAUCGAAGGUACCGGCAAUGGUUAUUUCCAGGUGUGGUACCAGUACUAUCAAAAUAUACAAGUGGCUAAGCAUAGAUUCAACAUCACAAUUGAUCAACUUAACACCACUACCGACAACAUACAGCAGUUGGAUGUAUGUGUGAAUUACGUUCCAGUUGAGGCUUAUCAACUAUCGGGAAUGGCUUUGGUGGAGAUAUUUUUGCCCAGCGGAUUUGUAGCAGAAGCUGAUGCCAUCACAGAUAAAACUGGAAGGAUUCAGAAAAUUGAAAGACGCUUCUCAGAUACUUCGAUUGUUGUAUAUUAUGAUAACAUGGGACCCGAAUCAGACUGUUUCCAAGUUACUGCCUACCGUCGUUAUAAAAUUGCAUUGCAUUUGCCAUCUUACAUCAAAGCGUAUGAUUAUUACAAUGACGAAAGCUAUGGCAUUAAACAGUACGAAGGAAAGGUGCUUCAGCUAUGUGAUAUUUGCGAAGACGAGGACUGCGAAACAUUAUCAUGUUGAGAGAGCUCGAAAUAGAAUAAACUGUGUUCAUUCA